AUGAGGAGGACGGUGAAGCGAGAAUCGGUAGCAGCCGGCGGAGGCAGUGGGAAGAGAGAAUCCGGCGAGUCGGAGGGAUUCAGGUCCGUGAAGAAGGAGAAGGAUAAGCAGCAGAAUAAGGGCGUAGCUGAUUCAUCUGUGCGAAUCGAUGAGCCGCCGACUCAGGAGGAAGAAAUGGGAAUCUCUGAUCGGAGGGUUCUCAGAUCUCAGUAUCUCGCUCUAAUGAACAAAAUCAGCGAUUCUAAAGACGAUUUGACGAAUGUUGAUUCUGACAAAUUCUCUCGAAUUUUCACUGAAUUUGAGAGCCUCCACCAGAAAGUGCAGAAGCCUAGGGAGCAAAUCGCAGAUGCAGAAGCGUUUCUGGAUAUCGCAAAUACGUUGAUGUCAUCGGUCAAGUCUCAGUCUGCUAGUGGGGUUUCUCCGGCUGAGUUUGUUAAUGCUUUGAUCAAAGGGUUUGGUCAGAGUUCUUUAGAGAUUGAUUCUGAUGAGACUGCCCAAGCAUCUAUAAAUUGGAAGGACCUUGGGCUUGCCGUCUGCUCUACAGCUUUGGUAUCAUGUGGUUGUUCCACAAUGUUGGGACCUAUGGACACUGAGCUGAAGGAAAGGAAAAAGGCAGUCUACAGAAAACGCACAAAGCCUGGUGAAGGCGCUCGUCCAGACGAGGUAGAUGAUACACAAUCGGAAGAGAAAACAGAUACAGACAAGAAUAUGGCGAUAAUGUUUAACAUCUUAAGGCAAAAGAAGCGUGUAAGGCUUGAGAGUUUGGUGCUCAAUAGAAGAUCAUUUGCACAGACCGUAGAGAAUUUGUUCGCAUUAUCUUUCUUGGCCAAAGACGGACGAAUCGAGAUCAUUGUCGACAAGAGUGGUUCUCAUUUCGCCUUGCCGAGAAACGCACCCGCUGCAAACCUGGUGAUGUCGGGAGAAGUCGUUUACAACCAUUUUGUGUUUAGAUUUGAUUUCAAAGAUUGGAAGCUGAUGUGUGAAAUGGUGCCAAUGGGAGAAGAGCAAAUGCCACACCGAGAAAGUUCAAUCGCUUCAUCAUCUUGUCCAUCUGCUUCAGCAGCAGACUUCACACAAGACUCACAGACGACGCCGAUAAGAAAGCUAUCGAGAAACAGAGGUUUGGUUGUACAAGAAGAUACCGUUGUAGAAGAUUCUCCUGUCUCCGAGGGCGAUGGACCUCGAAGGAGAUGUAAGCGGAGACUCUCUUGA